AUGGCAAACACCACGAAAGUCCACGGAAGCGUACUCUCAACAGCUACAAGGCGAGUUUUGGUUUGCCUUUAUGAGAAGGGGCUUGAGUUUGAGUUUGUCCCUGUCAACAUGGCGGUGGGGGAGCACAAGAAGGAGGCUUUCCUUUCCCUCAAUGGGACUCCGCUGGUUACCCCAGGCAGGCAGAUGGCAACAUUAUCAGUGUGGAUGGAGGUUGAGGCUCAUCACUUUGAACCGGCAGCUUCAAAGCUGAACUGGGAGCUAUGUUUUAAGCCACUUUUUAAGAUACCCACUGAUACGGCAGCGGUGGAGGAAAACGAGGCUAAGCUUGCUAAGGUUCUUGAUAUCUACGAGUCAAGGUUGACUCAGUCCAAGUAUUUAGGAGGUGAUAGCUUCACCUUGGCAGAUUUGCACCACCUCCCUAGCAUAAGUUACUUGAUGGGGACACAGAUCAAGAAACUGUUUGAUUCACGACCCCACGUUAGCGCAUGGGUAGCAGAUAUCACCUCCAGGCCAGCUUGGUCCAAGGUCGUUGCCAUGAACUAA